UCGUGUGCCGCACAUGUGGGCACGCACCUGCUCGAGUACGACCGAUGUUGACGGUGGCCUAAAACGAUAUAAACGCUCGUGUACCUUGCCGAUAAAGAGAUUGUCGGACAUUUAAAGCCGGGACGCGUUAAUUCUACACGCAAACGUAACAGUGCUUGCCAUUUAAAACUUCGGAUUCAGGUUUUGAGGUUAUGACGAGAAGCUGCCACGUGUGUAAGAGCUCAAAUGCUCCGUACAAAUGCCCUGUGUGUUUGGAGCCCUACUGUUCGCUGGGUUGCUGCAAAACUCAUAAGUCUCGAGGCUGCGAGCGACGAGUACCGGACAUGGCGGAACACCAAAGCGAGGCACCUUUGAUGGAGUACAAAUUUCCAACGGAGGACACGGUACCUGUAGAAAAAUUAUUUUCUUUAAGGCAGAGCGAGGAGGUAAAACAUUGUUUGAAAAAUCCACACGUGAGAAAUAUUAUUAAAGAAGUUUUAAAACAUCAGAACCCAACGGAUGCGAUAGCGGAAGCUAUGGUGGAGCCUAUAUUUGUUGAGCUAGCCGACGCGUGUUUAAAAAUUGUAGAACCAGCGACAGAGGAAGGCCAUACUUGAUGCUAUUGUGAUAUUAUGCUUAAUA